GGCGUCACGCUACGGUUAGUACUCAGUGAUGUGCACGGACUUUCCUCUUUAUCAACACCAACACCAUCAUCAUUAUUGGAUGCAAUGUAAACACUCAUCAUUUACACCACCAACCACCCUUACAAAACAACUAGCAUCUAUUUUUCUUUUUUUUCAAAAUCAUCCGUGAACCCCAGUUAUUUGACCCUUCAAUAACAAUAACAAUAUCAACAACAAUGGCCCUCCCACCACCUAACCCCGUCCUCCGUCGCCAAGUCAUCCAAUUGUACAAAGAACUCCUCCACAUGGGCAAAGAAUACCCCCAAGGCUACGACUACUUCCGCCCCCGCCUGCACCGCGCCUUCAUGUCCAAAUCCAACCUGCGCGACGAAGGGGAGAUCAAGCAGGCGAUUGCCACGGCGCAGUUUGUGCAAAAGGAGUUGCAGGCUUUAUAUUAUCUCAAGAAAUACCGAACGUUAAAGAAACAGUACUAUGAAGUGGGGGAACCACAGGUUUUUGGGGAGUAUCAUCAGGUUUGAAAAUAAAGGGUUAGUAUCUUUUAUGGGAUCUCCUCGGGUGUGUCAGUGAACAGAAACGGUCAUAACUCGACAGAUCCUACAAGUUGUACACAUAGCAGUGUCAUUGGAUAGCGCAAAAUUUUCAACUCGGAAUCAGGGA